CUCUUUUCGUCUUCUAUAAGCCCUAGUUUCUAUUCUCAGCAGUUCAUCCUUUUUUGCGUUUACUAGAGAAAUGGCGAGAACGAAGCAAACCGCCAGAAAGUCCACUGGAGGCAAGGCCCCAAGGAAGCAACUGGCCACGAAAGCCGCCAGAAAAUCGGCGCCGGCAACCGGAGGCGUGAAGAAGCCUCACAGGUUUAGGCCUGGAACGGUGGCGCUCAGAGAAAUCAGGAAGUACCAGAAGAGUACUGAGCUCUUGAUCCGAAAGCUUCCAUUCCAGAGGCUGGUCCGUGAGAUCGCGCAGGAUUUCAAGACGGAUCUGAGGUUCCAAAGCAGUGCUGUUUCGGCCUUGCAGGAGGCAGCGGAGGCAUACCUUGUUGGUUUGUUUGAGGACACGAACUUGUGUGCUAUUCACGCUAAGAGAGUUACUAUAAUGCCUAAGGACAUUCAGCUUGCUCGAAGGAUCAGAGGGGAGAGAGCUUGAUUACAUACUCGGUUUCACUCUUCUCUCUCUCUCUCUGAUAUACCUCUCUGUUUUCUAUGUUUAGUUAGAUGUUCUCUCUUCAUCUUCUUCUUCCAUUCCCUCCGUCCCCCUUACCUAGGUCUUUCAGUAGUAGUUGUAGCUCAUCCGUUUCUUUUCUCUUUCCCCGGAGCACUGUUGUAGUUCAUCCCUACUGUAAUGAAGAAAAAUAUAUGA